UUUAUUUUUGGUCAAAUAAAAUGAAACAUAAUACAUUCAUUAUACUUAUCAUUGUCGUGUUUAGUGAUGCUCAUCUUUUCGAUCGUUUCCAAAGCCAUCGAAUUGAUCAAUUAAUCUAUCGAAGAUAUGAAUCAAUCAGUGGGGAUAUUUCAUUUUGUAUUCGACGAUUCAAUCUAACUCAUAGUACUGGUUGUUCAUCUAGUAAACAUGGUAAUAAUGGUCAUCCAUAUCAGGUGUAUAAUCAGUUGGAUAUGAAAGAAAAAAUUCUGCAAAAACAAUAUCAGCUAUAUGGGCCGAUUAUUUUGCUCAUAAAUAUUCGAGAUUUCGGUUCAAUCGAAUAUUUACGACAAUAUCGACAUCGAUUGGUUGAAUUAGUCGUCGGUGUGAUAUUUAUCGAAUAUCGAAAACAAUCGAUUGUUUCCAACUCAUCAUCAUCAUCAUCAUUAUAUAAAUCAUAUUCACAAGAAUCUGAUUGUCCAAAUACCGGAUACGGUAUCCGUAUUGUUGAUAAAAAUAAUCGAACUAAUGAUGAAUGUUCACCACGAAUUACUGGACCAAAUCCAUAUGAAAAUUAUGCAAAAAUAUCAUGGCCAUUUCCGAUAUUUUUGGUUCGAAAUAAAUUGGCUAUCGAAGAAUUUCAUCAAUGUCAACGUCAAUAUAAUUGUCGUUUACAAUUGAAAAGUUUCAUGUAUGGUACAUUGAAUUCGCAACGAUGUUUACAACGAAGUCAAAAUGCAAUGGACAUGGUGGAAAGUUCAUAUUGUAAAUUGAUUCGUGCACGUAAUCUACUGGCAACACUGUUUCCAAUUUAUGAAAAUCAAUCCAGAUUUGAAAAUCGUUCCAUUCUAAUGUUGACAGCACGAUUAGAUUCAUUCACAAUGUUUGAUUCAUAUUCACCCGGUGUUGAUUCAGUUUAUUCGGCCAUUAUUGUCAUGAUCAGUAUUGUGGACACAUUGAAUCGAAAUCAACAUUUAAUACUGCCAAUGAAUCGUACCGGUAGUCAGAUUAAAAACAUCCUUUAUGCAUUUUUUGAUGGUGAAUCUUUCGGUCAUAUUGGUUCGAAUUCAUGGAUUUUUUAUAACAAUUUUAUGGAUGAUAAUAGUAAUUAUGGUUCAAUUUUAAGUUCAAAAAUUAAAUUGAAAUCAAUUAAACAAGCAAUUGAAUUGAAUCAAUUGAUUGGUGGUGGUGAUCCGAAUGAUAACGAAUAUUGGAUACAUUCAGAUAAUGAUCAUGUUGUUGAUCAAAAUGAUGGUGAUGAUGAAUUAAUAUCGAUAGCGGAAAGAUUUUCAAGAUUUUGUAAAAGAAAUAAAUUCUCAAUUUCAACACAACAAUCAUUACCAUCAUCAUGUACGGUAAAACAAUUUCGACGUUAUGAUCCCAACAUUGAUGCCUUGUUGUUGGCUAGUUAUGGAUCCGAAAUUCGAAAUCCAUAUUUUCAUAGUCUAUUUGAUUCACGUGAUUAUUAUGAUCUGGAAAUUAUUGUCAAACGUUUACAUGUUAUUGCCGAUUUGGUUUCGAAUUUCAUUUUCGAAUUAUUAACUGAACAACAGUAUCCAAAAUAUCAACUAAAAUCCGAUAAGAAUCUUAUACGUAAUCUUGUUGAUUGUUUGAUUGGACUGGUACCACAAUGUCAUCUUUUUGAUUCAAAAUUGAAUAUAUCGGGCGUAAAUUUUGAAUUCACUGCCCCUAUACAACGUGAAACAGAUAUGAUGAUCAAUACGAUUGAAACACGAUCAUCAAAUUUAAAACAACGUAUGCAAUCCAAUAUUGACGUGAAACGUUCAUUACAAACGAUAUUAUUUUAUGCAAAUGCUAAAAAAAUUAAUUGUUCAUCAUCAUCAUCGAUUGUGGAUCAAGAUGGCACAAGUUUUACAAUUAUACCAUUAGGUCAAAAUCAAAGUUUUUUUGAUCAUCAUCAUGAUUAUCGAUCUUUUAUUGCUAUUGGUGAUGGUAGUGGUAAAAAUCAUGCUAAUGCGGCUGCUGGUGGUGGUGGUGGUGGUGGUGGUGGCGGUGGUGGUUAUUGUCUUGUAUCACAAACCGUAAUGGAAUUGUCUGAAUCAACAUAUGCUGAAUAUAUUGGCAAAGGAUUAUUGUUACUUGCUGAUGAUGUAGAAUUAUUACGACAAAAAAUGAAUGAAUUAAUGGCCACAGCAACAGGUGUACAAUUCUCAUCAUGGACUGAAAGUAAUUAUCAUAAAAAUCCAGCUAAUCGUCCAGUGAUUAUGAUAUUCAUCGAACAAUCCAUUUGGAUGAAAAUGUUUAGCAUCAUAAUCGGUAUGGCCAUCACAGCCAUUUCAAUAUGGUCUAUACGUUUGAUUGAACGAAAUCCGGAAAAAUUUUUCCUAAAUCAAACAAAUGGCAAUUUUGACAGCGGUGGUGGUUUUGUUACUAUUGCAGGUCAAAAUGAAAUUCGAACAUUAUCAACAACAAUGUCUUGUCGAAUAAAUGGAAAAAUUUAAUUUCAA